GAAACAUGAAGGGAAGGGGCAGAAAGGGGGAAAUAUAAUAUUAGCCACAACAAAAAUAAACCUCUGUGUCUCAUGCUUUUUGGUCCGCCACCAAUGAAGCGCACCAUCACAUUUGGAUUGGCCAAUACCCCUUAGUGACAGAGUGGAGCAGCUUUAGACCUAGGGCCUCUUUCUCAAGUCCAACAGUUGAGAUGGAUUCAAUGAUGGGACAUAGACUGGCAUGAGGACAAGAUGCUGAACAUCCAGGCGCUAUCAUCACCAAGGUUAUGAAGCCUUGAAUCGCAAAUGACCCAGGCAGACCAAAAAAAUGACCCAGGCGAGAGGGAGAGAGGCCGCAAACAGAGGCAGAAGAGGCGCAGUCAGGAGCCUCAUUACAACAGUGAGGUUGUAAACGACCAGAUAAGCCAAUCUGGGAAUGGGACCACAUAUCAGAAGCAAGAAAAACUUUGCCUUCUUUCGCAUCUUUCCACUCAGAAGACAUCGUUUCAUCCAAAGGGAAUAAACUUUUCCUGAGCAGAAGAAGGAACAGGUGUAAAGAAAAUAACAAAUGGGAUAAAGUAUUUUUUUUUCUUUUGCCAAAUUGGCUAAGAUUUUAACAAGAAAUAUAUGUUUUUAAGUUAAAGAAUAGAGCCAUUGACUUUUAAAAGCAUUUAUAGGUGUGGAGAUCCUGUGUGCUCUAUCCUUGAAUAAAGCAGCGGAAGUCUUUUGUUUGAAAGGCUGUGAUUUGUAAAGGUGCGUCUCUGGGGCCCCGCGGUGCAUGGAGCUAAAAGGUGUCGGAGCAGCCACACAGGUUUACUGGGUUUACUGGUUUCCAUCCGAGUCACAAUGGCAAAGUGGUUCAAGGAGUUCCCCAUCAAUCUGAAAAAUGGUACCGACAGGAUCCGCUCAGCCUCCGAGUCAGGCUCACAGCCCAGAGCCACCAAAGCCGGACUGGUGGCCAAAACUACAGGCUCCAAAACGGGGCUCCGCAAAAACUCCUCCGCUGACAGCACAGGCGGAGGAGGAGGAGGAGGAGGAGGAGGAGGUGGAGGAGUUGGGUCUCUCCUGUCCGGGAGAAAUAGAAAGAACUCCGCAGUAGAGUUGAGUAGAAACGGUGUCAGCAGCUCCCAGAAAGAUGGGAAAGUUUGGGACACGCUCCUGUCUGGGAAAAGUCGCAAAAACUCCAAAGCGGAGGCGGUGUUUGAGGAGCACAGACCGCUGAAGAGCUCCCCAUCCGCCAACGCUUACAUCAACCGGCUGAUCAGGGUGGACAAACAGGACAAAAGCCCCAACUUCAACAGCAGCACCAUCACCAGUCAAGUGGUACCUGAGGCAGAGAAACCAGUGCAGUGCAAGACAGAGACGGUGAUCAUUCUCGAGGAUUACGCGGACCCGUUUGAUGCUCAGAAGACCAAAGAGCAAAGGGAGGCAGAGAGGGUCGGGGAGAACGAUGGUUACAUGGAGCCGUACGAUGCUCAGCAGAUGAUCACUGAGAUCAGACGUCGGGGGUCCAAGGACCUGCUGAAGGUGUGUGUGCUGAUGGAGGCGAGUGAGGGAACUGUGGAAGAAGGUCAGCCUGUGCCCUUGCAGAUAUACGACAUCCCAUAUGAGGGAAGUGAGGGGGACAAGACGGUGGCCACGCGGCCUGAGCUCGACCCUCGACCCUCGACUGAGUACGAGCUGCCCUGGGAGUGGAAAAAGGAGCAUAUUGUCAGGACACUGUCAGCACAGUUUGACAGCCCUGAACGCCAAACCAAAGAUGAGACGCCUCACCCCACACUUACAAGGCAGCCGCAGCAUCCCCCAGCUCAGCCGCAGCAGCAGCAGCAGCAUCUGAGGCAGAAGAGCUGGACCCAAAAGAUCCUGCGAUCCUCUCCUCCAACCCUGUCGCCAUCCUGCACACCCGGCAACAACUCCGAACCUGAGGGCUGCUGUGUCGACCCCAAUCUGCCCCUGGAAAAACAGAGCUGGUACCAUGGCUGUGUGACUCGUCAGGAGGCGGAGUUUCAGCUGCAGUCCUGCAGAGAGGCCAGCUUCCUGGUCAGGAACAGCGAGUCAGACAACAGCAAGUACUCCAUCGCCCUCAAGACAAGUCAAGGCUGCGUUCACAUCAUUGUUGCUCAGACCAAAGAAAACGGCUACACCCUGGACCAGAACAGCUGUGUGUUCCCCAGCAUCCCAGAGGUGGUGCACCACUACUGCACUCAGCGCCUGCCUUUCAACGGCGCCGAGCACAUGACUCUGCUGCACCCAGUGCCUCGCGUCCACUGACUCCACCCUUCCCUGACUUAGGUAUACAAAUCAAACACACCUCUGGGCCUGAAUGGACAAAAUGUUUCCAAAAAUCAAUCACCUCUCUUAUCAAUGUGUACUUUUACUGCUCAGCAUAACUUGACUGUAUGACCCUAUUUUAUGUUAUUUUUAUUUGCUGAUGAGAAAAAACUUGCAGCUCUCUCUGUGUCUCUCUGGAUGCUUUCUUCUGUCUUUAUUUCACUUUGAUGUGCAGCUGAUGCAAAACAUCUAAGCUGCUGUUUUGCAUGUGAACGAGGAGGGAAGCUCAGUGCAGACGAUGAGGCACUUUUAAUGAUGAAAUGUGACGUGGAUUGGGACCAAGACUCAUACACAGAUGUGAUGUUUUAAUUAUCCAUUGUGGCUCUAUUAGAAGCUACACGUGAUACUUUUGUAACUGUUACUGGUUAAAAAUUUACUCUGAAGCGGUUUAGUAGUUUGUGGCUCUCUUUCUCCCUCUGGUGGCUGUGCUGGUUCACUGCACCAACAUGCCAACACAAAGAUCUUUCUUAUUUCCUUAAAAUUGAUCUCUGGUGAAAAAUCUGUGCACCGAGCGUAUCGUUACACAUAUCAAGAUAUGAACAAAGACCAGUUGUUUUAAUGUUUUUACUCGCAGCAUACUCCUAAUUUAUGCUCGUAUGCUUCUUAGCUGUCUGUAACCGCUGCCCCUUGAGGUUUUCCUCUGUUGUACUGUGAAUGAGGGAGUUGUUUCCACUGUAUUAUCUGCACUGUGAAGAGUGAGUGAUUCACCCUGAUGCAAUGUGCUUCAAGGACCAUGGCUCCACAAUAGUUGGUGCUUUUUUAUGACCAGACCUAAGAUUACAUUUCGUCUUUAGUUUUCAGCUAAACAAGCCUGUUAAUUCUGGGGAAUAUCUACAAGACAAGCUUGCAAAUUACUGUGAUUUUUAUGGUAAGAAAACAUGUGUAAAAAUUACUUGUCUUUUGUCAACGUUUAGGUCUACAAACAGGAGUCAUUUCUAGAUAUAUAUGGAAAGAAAUUAAUGACACAUAUUGAAAUAAAGUAAACAAGGAAGGACUUAAAAUAUCACCAAUAAAAAGUCUCUUUUAAAUAUUCUUAAUUCAGACAUCUGUUGCUAAAAAGUAACACUGUUCUCCCUCAGGCUUUAACAGAGGCGUGGACUUGAGUUACGUGACGCUGACUCGAGUUGGAUUCGAGUCAGGAAUUUAAUGACAUAAGACUCGACUCGACAAAAUCAAAAAAGACUUUGAGCCUUAUGACUUGAAAAUACUUGAUACUUUAACCCCAAACAUAAAAUAAAAGCAAAAUAUGCAAAAACUGCAGGUCAAAAAUUACACAGAGACCCAACAACUUCAAACUUUGUUCAACAGUCUGAGUUGCACAAAGAACUUUUUCACAAACUUAUUCUAAAAAAAAUAUAAUUUUUUAAAAAAGCAUUCAU